CAGAUAUUUAAUCGACGUGUACCUGCGUUAAAUAGUCAAAAUAUAAACAUCAGUGUGGUCAGAAUGGAAAAUAUUUGUGAAAAGUUUGUCUAUAUCUGCAAUAUUUUGAUACUAGUAAUUGGAGUUGUUACAGCAUGCGGUGGGAUUUACCUUAUUGUUGGAAUUGAUAAAAUGGAUGAGAAAUUCAAUCCAAAGUUCGAAAAAGCUAAAACCAACAUAAGAACCAUGAUUAAAGUUAUCAACAAGUAUCCAGGUGUAGAAAUGAUAAACCCACCAAAUGUUACAAUGUCAGAACCACUGAAAGACAUGAAUUAUGAAGGAUUCUAUGUGGUGUCACUGAGUGUUCUCAUGCUGGUACAGAUCACAGCUGUUGUGCUGUUUGCAGGUGAUCGAACAAUCGGUUGUAUAGAAGUACUAUGGGAAAAAAUGGAUGAUUACCAAGUUAUUUUCGUUGCUCUUGUAGCUAUCGUCUGUAUAAUUCAGCUGUUUCAGAUAAUUGCAAUUUGCUACAACAACAAUGCCAAAUCAAAUAUAUCAACCAGUAAUAAGACAGAUCAAAGUGAUUCAAGAAAUAAUAAUAGUAUUGCUCCUUUCAAACACAGCUUAAAAGUAAGAAAGAAAGAACAUUCGAAAGAAAAACUAUGGUAUCCUGAAGUUCAAAAAAAUAAUUAUAUAUCUACACAAAGAGAGGCAUGGAAUACAUUAGACCAGGAUGAAAGCUUAAAAAGGGAAGAUAAAUGGCAUGAUGGGGACAGGCGCAAACCUAUGAGGAAACCUACUAAGUCCUUAGUGAUGGACUUUUAGCAACAAUGAAGUUUCUUUACAGUGAAUUGAUGUGCAAGAUUCUGUAUUUGUCAUAAGACGAUUUGCAAG